ACAGAGGGACAGAGUGAAGAUGUUAACACCCAGCAUGAGGUGAAGCAGCUGGAGAGAGUUUCCAAGAUCCAGAACCUCCAAGACUCUCCAAUCAGGUGCCAUGACAUCUUUAAAUCCUUCCCUGACCAACAUGGAGCCAUCAGAGUGGUUCUGACCAAUGGCGUUGCUGGAGUUGGAAAAAACUUCUCAGUGCAGAAGUUCACUCUGGACUGGGCCGAGGGCUUGGAGAACCAAGAUGUCAGUGUGGUGGUUCUACUUUCGUUCAGGGAGCUGAACUUGAUCAGAGAUGAGCAGCACAGUCUUCUCUCACUGCUCCAUGUUUUCCAUCCAACACUCCAGAAGAUCCCAGCAGAGCAGCUGGCUAAAUGCAAACUGCUCUUCAUCUUUGAUGGCCUGGAUGAAAACAGACUUUCACUGGACUUCAACAACAGUCAGCUGGUUUCUGACGUCACACAGAAGUCAUCAGUCAACGUUCUGUUGACAAACCUCAUCAAGGGGAACCUGCUUCCCUCUGCUCUCAUCUGGAUAACUACCAGACCUGCAGCGACCAAUCAGAUCCCUCCUUCAUGUGUUUCCAGGGUAACAGAAGUACGAGGCUUCACAGACACCCAGAAGGAGGAGUACUUCAGGAGGAGGUUCAGUGAUGAAGAGCUGUCCAGCAGAAUCAUCUCCCACAUCAAGAAAUCAAAAAGUCUCCACAUCAUGUGUGGAAUCCCAGUCUUCUGCUGGAUCACUGCUACGGUUCUGGAGAACAUGUUGACCUCAGAGCAGAGAGGAGAGCUGCCCAAGACCAUGACUGACAUGUACUCACACUUCCUGCUGGUCCAGACAAAGAGAAAGAAGAACAAGUACCAUGGAGGACAUGAGACAAGUCCACAGGAUCUGAUGGAGGCUGACAGGGAAGUUCUUCUGAAGCUGGGGAAACUGGCAUUUGAACAUCUGGAGAAAGGAAACAUCAUGUUCUACCAAGAAGACCUGGAGCAGUGUGGUCUUGACGUCACAGAGGCCUUGGUGUACUCAGGAGUUUGUACAGAGAUCUUCAAAAGAGAGAGUGUGAUCUUCCAGAAACCAGUUUACUGCUUUGUUCACCUGAGCAUCCAGGAGUUUCUGGCCGCAGUUUAUAUGUUCCACUGUUUCACCAUCAGGAAUACAGAGGUGGUGAAGAAGUUCCUGGGAGAACAUUAUUCUAAUUAUAAUUCAUAUUUGGAUGAGCGUAGUGAAACAUCUCUGGAGGGAUUCAUGAACAGAGUCAUGUCUAAAUCCUUCAGCAGUAAAAAUGGCCACCUGGAUCUGUUUGUUCGUUUCCUUCAUGGUCUCACUCUGGAGUCCAACCAGAGUCUGUUAGGAGGCCUGCUGGGUCGGACAGAGAUCAGUCCAGAAACCAUCCAGAGAAUCAUCACCAACCUGAAGGAGAUGAACACUGAUAGAAUCUCUCCUGACAGAAGCAUCAACAUCUUCUACUGUCUGGUGGAGAUGAACGACGUCUCAUUUUAUCAGGAGAUCCAACGGCUGCUGGAUUCAGGGAAGGAGCUCUCAGUGUCUGACUGUUCAGCUCUGGCCUUCAUGCUGCAGAUGUCAGAGGUUCUGGAUGAGUUGGACCUGGAGAAGUACAACACAUCAGAUAAAGGACGACGGAGACUGGUUCCAGCUGUGAGGAACUGCAGAAAGGCUCGGUGAGUCCAGAUGUUUUCAUUGUGUGAAUGCUGAUUCAGCACUAUUGUCCUCCUGUUUCUUCUUUUUUCUGGAUGUUUUUGGCCUUUAACUACUUCCUUCAUCCUCUGGAUGAUUUCAGCCAUUCAAACAUCUAAACAUUCAGUUCAUCCAGGACAGCUGCAGCUUCUGGUUUUUACACAUUUUGAUCUUUUAAAAAUAUUUAACUUUUUAUCAGUUU